AUGGUUUUCAAUACCUCUUCGACAAACUCUUCUAGCAACAAUAACAACACUUCCGAACAAAACAACUCUAAUUCCAAUUUUACAAAUCCAACUUUUAAUGUCAACACUAACGAAAAACAAGAAUCACUUUUUAAUGCUCUUACUAAUUUGAAUAACCAAUUUCUUAAGCUAAAUACGAAUCCGACGUUGAACUUGCCAAUUAAUUUUCCAACCGUUUCCUCAACAUUGGUCAGUGAAAAUCCUUUGAAUUCAUCAGCUACUGAGAACACUCAUGGGGUUGAAUCAAUUUCAGUAAACAGAUUUCCUAGGUUUAAAGUUACUACAUGCAAAGACAAUAAUGGAUUGUCUGGUAUUCUAUUAAACUAUUAUUCCAUCAUAUCAAUGCCAGAGUAUAAAGAGAGAUCAUUUGAGGAAUGGAGAUGGCUUUACACACUUUCUUCUCAAGGUAAACUCACUUUUGAUCCAUUCCGUAAUCAAGAAAUAGGAAGCAGAAAUGGCACCAUUAAGAGUGACUCUUUCAAAAGUUGGAAAUUCAAUGAAACAAAUACGAAACCUGCCUUUUCUAGUUUUAGUUUUUUUAACAAUUCCACUCCUCAAAUCAAUGCAGGAGUUAUGACUAUUAGUAGUAGCCAUUUUCACACUUUUGAUAUGCAAUUCUCUGAUUUAGAUAUUGAUAUUUAUGAAGGUGAUAAGCUUUUUGGAAGUAUUGAUACACAUAGAGUGCUAGUUAGCAAUCAAAGCAAAGUUCUUUCUAAUAUGAUUACAACUAAAUGUAAAAAGAGAAAUGAAAAAUAUGUAUUGGAAUUGAAUACCUCAAUGUUUGGAGAUAGACUGGGGAAAAUUAGUGGAGCAUUGUUAUACACUUCUAUCAAAUCAAUAGUUACAAGCGUAAAUGUGCAUAUUGAUGAUUUCCUUCAAGUAUUUCUAAUAGUAGACUAUUAUCAAUCAAUAACAAUUGGUAGAUUGUCCAAUACUAUGACUGCAGCACUAAAAUCAUCAGAAAGUGUGGCCAGAUCUUUCAUCAAGAGUUUUGGUACCUCUUAUUUCAAUAUUUCACAAUCAGAAAAUAUUCAAACUUUGUUUACACUUUUUAGAGAAGCAUUCCGUACUUUGAUGGUUGGUACCGAACUCGAAAAUGAGCACAUAUUCAAAAUGAUGAGUAAAGAUAUGUUCCUUGAUGGCCUCAUUCAUUCUGAAUGCAAAGAAAUCACAACAUUAUUGAAGGUUAUUGACUGCUGGGCUAGUUCAAAUUUGAACUUUUCUGCACAAGAUUCAACUUCCCAAGUUUACACAUUUCUAGAUGUUAUCCCAAAUGCUCAACCACUUGUUAUGAUUGGCAUUCUUAGCUCUAGCCCAUCGGUUUAUAGCUUUAUCAACAAUCUUAGCUCCGAUUGGAAAUUGAAACUCAUCAACAAGUACGUCUUGGUCCUUAAUAACAAUUCUAGCAAAAUUUCACAUGAUGAAAAAUGA